UUGUCCACCAGCAGCAGCACAGUGCGCCAGGCAGGCAGCGAGAGAACAGGCGUGGGGCACAACGGGGAGCGGGCACUACGGACCGGCAGCAACACUGAGUAACAGCCGCGGUUAUCUUAACUUGUCGGAGAAUAGCCAGUCGUUCAUUGGACAGGGGGAAACCCGUAUUAAGACCUCUUAGGACUGAGGGGUCUUGGUAAUUGUGUCAGUCGUUGAAAGGGAACUCCUUCACUGCCAAAUUUGGGGCUAACGUAACCGGUGGUGGUGGGGGGAAAAGAUGCAGUUCAAGUCCGACUCUGUGCGCCGCACAGUCCGCCUCAGACGCUGGUGAUGCCCUCCGUGCCGUGCGGGGAUCACCGCCCAGCAGCAGCAGUAGCAGGAGGGGGUCAGGACAACAGUGCGUCAGGGGGCCGAUGAUGAUGCUGGUAAGGUCGGGAUCAUGGCUAACGGAACCGGUACUAUAAUGUUAAAAUGCGUCGUGGUCGGAGACGGUGCAGUGGGCAAAACGUGUCUUCUGAUGAGCUAUGCCAAUGACGCCUUCCCAGAAGAGUAUGUACCCACAGUCUUUGAUCAUUAUGCAGUAAGCGUCAACGUUGGUGGAAAGCAGUACUUGUUGGGACUAUAUGACACAGCUGGUCAGGAGGACUACGACCGCUUGAGGCCGCUGUCCUACCCCAUGACCGAUGUCUUCCUCAUCUGCUUCUCAGUGGUAAACCCUGCCAGUUUCCAGAAUGUGCGUGAGGAAUGGGUGCCCGAGUUGCAGGAGUAUGCACCCAGUGUCCCCUACCUGCUCAUUGGCACCCAGAUCGACCUUCGUGAUGACCCCAAGACUAUUGCCAAACUGAAUGAUAUGAAGGAGAAGCCCAUACCCACUGAGCAAGGACAGAAACUAGCGAAGGAGAUUGGUGCAUGUUGCUAUGUGGAAUGUUCAGCUUUGACACAGAAGGGUCUGAAGACGGUGUUCGACGAGGCCAUCAUUGCAAUCCUGACACCCAAGAAAAAGAAGGGAGCUCUGAAGAGAAGACUGGGACCCCGCUGCAUCAACUGCUGUCUGAUCACGUGAUGCAUUAACCACAGAGAUCAUUCAGCAACCAACAAUAAACCAAACCUGGACUGGAGACAAAAGAGGGGUAAAAGAAAAAUGCACAGACAGCAGGGUGAGACAAAAGAGAGAACUGAAAAGGACAAAACAAGAGCAACUGUUAAGCUGCAGGGCUCUUGAAAGGCCAUAACUCUCUCCUGCUGUUCAACACAGGUUGAGGAUGCAGUUUACUACCAAAGGAGCACAAAACCCAAGUCUCUUCUUCUAUAAGACUUAUUGCCUCUAAAGUACCUUCUUUUAUAACCAUUUUUAAUCAGUUUUCCUGUUGUGAGCUGUCUUGCGAAAAACACAACACAAAAUGACAUUUCAGUUUUCUUCAAGAGAAAUGCUUCAUUUUAAAGAGUUCAUAUUAUUUCUGUUGUUUUGAAAGCUUUUUUGAUUAUUGAUUUGUGCAUUUCUCUAUAUAAGAGCAGAUCAGAGAACGCCUGCAGCUGAGAGAUAAUGAGAGGCUAACUUAAGUGACACUGUGACAGUGGCCAGGAUGCAUUUCUUGAUAUAAGGGCCCAGUUUUUCGAUUUAGAACUUGUGCUACAAAGACACUGUACAGACACAGUCUGUCUCCAAUUAUUUGCCAAUUGAGGACCUGCAAAUGAAAUCACAGAAGGUGCUUCGCGUUGUGUGGGUGAUAAUUAACACAAAUCAACAAUGAGUGUAACGCUGUGCAGACAACACAUUUUGGACCUAGAACUGUAUUAUUUGAAAGUUUUAGAGUCUUGCGUUUGCCUUAUGAAAACCCCAUUAUUUUAUAGUGUGGCAUGCCAAAACAUACUGUAAGUUACGGGCUGAGUUCUUCAUCAGGAACUGAAGAGGUUUAUUAUCCAUUUUUAAAAUAUAUAUUAUCCAGAAUUUAUGAUUCUACAUCUCUAAAGUAGAGAAGGUGUAGUCUGUGCAGAUAUCAUUUUGUCGGCUGAUGACUUAUCUCUUCAUUUUUGUUAUCCUGCAAUAAUAUGUUGUCCAUUUAUCAGCAGAAAGUUUAAACAGAGAAGAAGAGGGAUCUCAUUUUAGAAAUGACAACAUCCAAAGAAUCAAAUGCACACUUUCAUCAAAAUCAGGUGGCCCAACGUGAAUCACAGUCGGCGCCACUUCAUUUCCCGGCACACCAAAGCACAUUCCUCUGCUUUUAAACUGAAAAGGCUGAUUGAAGCACAGAAGAUGAAACACUGUUCCAUCAGGCACAAGUGUGAGCAUAGCACAAUAUCUUACCACGCACAAUCAUAGUCCAUCAAGUCUCGAAAAUACAUACAGAUAUCAGCUUUUCAGGAAAGACAGACUCAAGAAGGGGAUGCAGCAGCUUUUUAAGAGUUCAAACUUGACAUAGUUUUAACGAAAAUGUUUCUUACUUUGAGAUUAGUUGCUGUCCAGUAACUGUCAAGUCAAAGAGUCAGAGUUAAUAAUGGACCAUGGUCGACACAUAUGACCUGACACUUAAAAUGUCCAUUAAAAAGUCUAUUUCACCAAAAAAACACAAUAUACCUAAAAUUAGAACAUGUCAUGCCAAUUAUGUUAUGACUGAUGUAGCUAAUGUUAAAUAACAUUUGUUAGGUUAGCAUUAGUCUGACUCGCCACCCAUCAUUGGCCACGUAUUUCAACACACAUUGGCUAUCAGUCUGACAUUGAUUUAGCUUAAAAGUAGCUUGUAAACCGGCUAUUUAUGAAACAAUGUGGUCGUACGCGCCUACUCCAACUCCAAUCUCGCUUCACAAGUUGCUAAUUAAUUCUAUGCGCAUGGAAAAUGUAGUGUUGGCCCGGAUACCCGCUGGCAACACUGGAACCCCAGAACAAUUGCCACUUGCCCCCAGAGAGCCUUAUUGUCGGCCGCUAGGUUCCGAGACGGAAAUACUUAUAACUCUGAUGUUUCUCUCCCUGUACACGUAUAGGAACUAGAUGGGCAGACCUCCGUCAAGGCCAAAUGCCUAAUCUCGCAAUGUUAAUGAAAGUGAAAAAUAAUUUGUGUAUCCGCCCCGUGAUUCAGAUCGGCUCCAAAUGUUUAAAGGUUCGUCCUUGACCAAUACUACACCCUUCCACCUAGUUUCAUGAAAAUCGGGCCAGUGAAUCCUGUGAAAUUGAAACCAGCUUGUAGUAACUAAGUACUCCCAAUAGACUUUGCACACAAACUUAAUGGAUUUACCAAUAGAUGGUGCAACCCAAUCUGUAGAAGUCAAUCCUUCAAAGGUGUAUUAAUCCCAUCUUUUUAGUAACACUGUAGAAACAGGAUAUCCUAUAAGAAUUCAUUUAUCUGGGUAAUAAAGUCACAUUCUACGACAUUUCAAAUAGAAAUUGAGAUAAUAUGUGUAGUUUACCAGGAUUUGGAGAAUAGUUUAAAUACCUAUAAGCUCCCAAAACAAUUGUAUGCAACAAAGGUUUCAAGCCUACAUGUCUAUAAUACUGUAGAUUAUUAAUUGAGUUUGUGACUGAACUUUUGUUGCAAGCCAAAAAUAUCAGCUCUUAUUUUUAUGCAUUUAUCGGCUUUUUCUAACUUAAAAAAAAAAAAAAGGAUAUUAAUCAAAGGUGCCAACUCUUGCUAAAUGACUUGUGUUGAUAUUGUGUUGAGUCAGAUAUGAUGAUUGAUUAAAGCUUUAAUGUAAAUGGUGCUCCUCCUCUCUGUCCCAGCCUACGUUGUAUAACCGUCUUUUUGCGGGGUGAACAGCCUUCUCACUCGGACAGUUUUGCUUGCUUACGUUGUGUGAAGGUCCACCCUCAGGAUCCAGGACCUAAGUGCCGCAGCUACCAAUGCAUUCUCCCGUUGAUGCUUCUCUCUGCUCAAUAAAUGUGUUUACUGUGUUAAUAAGCAGGCUUGGAGGGUUUGACUUGGACAGCGGCAUAUCUGCUGUGGAAUGCAUUUGUGAAAUUAACUUUUGCAGUGUUUAUCCCUGGAACUACAGGCAUUCAUGUUCAUAAUGUGUCAGACAUCGCUGGGUGGACUCCAUAAACUGAAUUAAAGUCUGAGGCGUAUUUGAAUGAA